AUGUCGCUAUCACAAUCAUCGCAGUCCAACAAUGGAGAGCAGCCAUUCAAAGAGACGAUAUUGAAAAUCCUCAGCAAUCAGCAAGCGCUGAUGACACAGCUGUCGCAGCAAGUUUCUGCCAUCCAAGGAAACGUUCAGAAUGCAAAUCGGAAUGAGUUGAUAUUGGAUUCCUUAGCAACAAAUAUCACCGAAUUCGCAUAUGACCUUGAAAAAGGUUGUUCGUUUGAUGCCUGGUUCUCACGGUAUGCAGAUUUAUUUGAGAAGGAUGCAGCCCAACUUGCAGAUGAUGCGAAGGUACGACUAUUAUUAAGAAAGUUGAGUCCACAUGCGCACGAACGUUACACAUCAUUCAUCUUGCCGAAAUUGUCCAAGGAAUUUUCAUUUGAAGAAACCGUGUCCAAAUUGAAGACGAUUUUCGGUACACCCGUGUCUACGUUUCAUCGACGAUAUCAGUGCCUUCAAACAACGAAGGACGAAGAUGAAGAUUUCAUCAGCUACUCGUGUAAAGUCAACAAGGCGUGCGUUGAUUUCAAGCUCCAAGAAUUGAAGGAAGAUCAGUUUAAAUGUCUUAUCUUUGUAUGUGGACUCAAGUCACCGAAGGAUUCGGAUAUAAGGAUGCGGCUACUUUCAAGAAUGAACGAGGGCGACAUGACCCUUGAACGAAUUGUCGAAGAAUGCAAAAGUCUCAUCAAUUUAAAGCAGGAUACGGUACUCAUUGGAGGAAAACCGUCCACAUCAACCGUUGCUGCUACAAAUGCCGUCCGUACGUACUCGCAGUCUAAUAGGAAGGAAAAGGCAAUCCGUUAUAGAGAAAGUGCGCCGAAGUCACCAUGCUGGUCUUGCGGCGGAAUGCAUUUUUCAAGUCAGUGUGGAUUUAAGGAUCAUAAAUGUCGUGAUUGCGGGAGAACGGGACAUAAGGAGGGCUAUUGCAGCUGUUUUUCAUCCAAGCAACGUCCGAAGCCAGGCAAAGGGAAGCAAGUAAACCGUAAUAAGCAUUCAAACAAGAUUGUGGUGGUUAAAAACGUGGAGCGAAACAGACGAUACGUCGAGACAACCAUCAACGGUGUUCCUGUUGACCUUCAACUUGAUUCCGGCUCCGACAUCACAAUUAUAUCGAAGGAGAACUGGUUCAAAAUCGGUUCGCCAAAAACUUCACCACCAGAUUGUGAAGUUCAGACUGCAUCUGGCGACAGACUAGGCAUCGACGCAAUGUUCCGCGCCUACAUUGGCAUCAGCGGCAAUCAAAGAGAAGGUGACUGUUACGUCUGUUCUUCAAAUCUGUCUCUCAACGUCCUAGGCUCAGAUCUACUCGACAAAUUUGGGCUGUGGGACGUACCAUUUUCGUCCUUCUGUAAGGUGAUUGAUGUCAAGCAAGAAAAUAAGCAAGUCGCGGAAUUGAAAGCAAAAUUUCCAAACGUUUUCACCGACCGGUUGGGUCUAUGUACGAAGAUGCAGGUGCACUUGACCCUCCAUGACGACGCUCGACCGGUGUUUAAACCAAAGCGUCCGGUGUCGUAUAGCAUGGAAGCUGUCGUGGAAGACGAGUUGAACCGGCUUCAAGACAAAGGAAUAAUCACUCCAAUUACGUACGCGGAAUGGGCAGCGCCAAUAGUGGUUGUACGUAAACCGGAUCGUACCGUCCGAAUUUGUGCCGACUUCUCUACUGGGUUAAACCGCGCACUGGAGGCAAAUAAUUACCCCUUGCCUCUCCCGGAAGAUAUAUUCAAUCGGAUGGCCAACUGCACUGUGUUUAGCCAUAUCGAUUUAUCGGAUGCCUAUCUUCAGGUCCAAGUAGAUGAAGAAAGUCGAAAGCUGAUCAACAUCAAUACGCACAAGGGCCUUUACCAGUUCAACCGUUUAUCCCCCGGUAUCAAGAGUGCCCCUGGAUCUUUCCAGCAAAUAAUGGAUGCAAUGCUAGCCGGACUGACCUGUACAUGUCCAUACCUUGACGACGUCCUUGUCGGAGGCCGUACAGAGGAGGAACAUAGGCAGAACCUACACAAAGUUUUAGAACGCCUCCAAGACUUUGGGUUUACAGUAAAAUUCGGAAAAUGUCAUUUCUUCAUGCGUCAGGUAAAUUACCUGGGGCAGUUGCUGGACAAGGAGGGCGUCCGCCCUGAUCCUGAAAAAGUGAAAGCUAUAGUUAACAUGCCUCCACCCAAUGACAUCGCGACACUGCGUUCGUAUCUGGGAGCAGUUAAUUACUAUGGGAAAUACAUCCGGGAAAUGAGGAAGCUUCGUCAACCACUGGACGAACUACUGAAACAAGGAGUCUGUUUUCGAUGGUCCGAUCAGUGUCAACAGUCCUUUGAUCGAUUCAAAGAAAUAUUACAAUCACCUCUAAUGUUGACACACUACAAUCCUCGCCUCGACAUCGUAGUAUCAGCGGAUGCAUCUAACGUUGGCAUUGGUGCCCGAAUAGCUCAUCGUUUUCCGGAUGGGUCAGAAAAGGCUGUAUAUCACGCAUCAAGGAGCCUUACACCGGCAGAAAGUCGGUAUAGCCAAAUCGAAAAGGAGGCAUUGGGUUUGGUUUAUGCUGUUACAAAAUUUCAUCGCAUGGUUUAUGGCAGACGUUUCACACUACAGACCGACCAUAAACCAUUGUUGGCCAUUUUCGGGUCGAAACAAGGAAUUCCGCUAUACACUGCCAACCGCCUGCAAAGGUGGGCGCUCACUAUGUUAUUGUACGAUUUUCAAAUCGAGUACAUUUCAACGGAUCAUUUCGGGCACGCGGAUAUCCUGUCACGAUUAAUCAAUUCCCAUAUCAAACCAGAUGAAGAUUUUGUCAUCGCAUCUAUUGAGAUCGAAGAAGUCAUCUGCAAUAUUGUAGGUCAGUCAAUUGAGCAUCUUCCAGUUUCCUAUAAAACAAUUGCAGAAGAGACUGCUAAGGAUGAAACGCUUCAAAGUAUAACGAGUUUUAUCAGGAAGGGCUGGCCCGGCAAGGCACCGGCGGAGGAUCGUGGUCUGCAACAGUAUUUUGCUCGUCGAGAAUCUCUUUAUGAAGCGCAAAAGGUCUUGAUGUAUGGAGAACGAGUCAUUAUUCCAAAAAAGCUUCAACAGAAGGUUCUUCGGCAAUUACAUAAGGGUCACCCAGGUAUUGAACGGAUGAGGUCGUUAGCACGAAAUUUCGUAUAUUGGCCGAACAUCGACGAACACAUAACUGAUCUAGUCAGAAACUGUCAAGAAUGCGCUGCUGUAGCCAAGACUGACACUAAAACAAAAUUGGAACCUUGGCCUACUGCCGUUAAACCCUGGGAAAGAGUGCAUGUGGAUUUCGCAGGACCUGUCAACGACACAUACUACCUGCUGCUUGUAGAUUCAUUGUCUAAGUGGGCCCAGUUGUUCCAACAAACGGAUUACAACAACAGCAACAAUCGCAAUUCUUCGCAAGAUAUUCAGCCGCUUCGGAAUGCCCGAAGUAUUAGUUUCCGACAAUGGAGCCCAGCUCACUAG